AUGCCCACAGUCAAAUCUAAAUGCAAAGUCGCUUGUAAAUCGUGCAAUUUGCGACGAGUCAAGUGUGAUCGGACUGAGGAAGCACCAUGCACCUACUGCCGACUGGCAGGGCAGGAUUGCCAGCCCAUUGUCUCGAGACGUGGAAAGUAUAAACGAAAUCCUGAUAAAAGCACUGCUACUCGGCCGGCACUUCGUCGGUCGUCACGAAAGCAGCAAAAUGAAUGUAAUCCUACCAUUGCCGUAUCGGGUGAACCAGCUUCAGAUACCAUUGUCAUCAAUAAUAGUAGCCCAAGUUUUGGUGAUAGGAAUCCCACUGCUGAGGCCCAGUCGUGUGAGCCUUCCAAUCCCCAGUCAAGUACCCCGCCACCAAGGCAUGGCUAUCAAUAUUCCUCGACAAGCUCGGACAGUAAGGUGGUAUACUACGGCGAUUCCUUCAACCUUGACUAUAUGUUGCAUGAAAUGGGAGACCAUUUAGGUGCAUCCCGUAAUGGUCGCCCUUGGGAGGAUACUCUUGAGCACUUAUACUUCAGCCAGCUAGGCCAAUCAACGAAAACACAGAUAGAAGAGCAUUCUCGAAACCAGCGUCUGCAGCUGAGAGAUAUUGGCGCGCUUAAACCUUUCGAAAGGAAUGCCAGUGACGACUUGAUUAAGGUUUUCUUUGAGAUGUGCUACCCUCAGUGUCCAAUAUUUGAUCGAGCAGACUUUCAGCUUAAGUACGAGGCUGGAAGGGUGUCACCACUGGUUUUGCAAACUGUGUAUUUCGUGGCCCUCAAUCAUUGCAGUGAAGAAGUUUACAAGCGGGCUGGCUUUGAAAAUAGAUAUUUGGCAACAUUUACAUGUUAUCAAAGAGCGAAAACCUUGUACGACACAAACUACGAAUCUGACGCUAUAGCGACUCUUCAAGCGGUCUAUCUGUUGUCUUUCUGGUGGGGAAGUCCAAUGGAACAGAAGGACAUGUGGCAUUGGACCGGUAUUGCAUGUAAUCGAGCACAGUCCCUAGGAUUACAUCAACGGAAAACUUAUGUGGGGUUAAGUGAGAGGAACAGAAAACUAUGGAGGAGGAUUUGGUGGACUAUUUACGUACAUGACAUCUCUGUGACAAUCAUGCUAGGACGAACUCCACACAUCAACGAUGCGUACUGCAGUGUAGAGAUGCUGGGCGAAGAUGAUUUCGAAACAUCAGACAAUGAAUUGAUCGAUUCUGAUCUGUUUCGAGAACCCACACGUGAAAGCCGACUUUACAUUAUCCACUUAACAGACUUAUAUUCGCGAAAAGCAAGUAAAUGCUGGUUAAACAUAGCUGGGGCAAGCUUCAAUGAAUCAAUGAUUCUCAAAAGCCUGGAUGACCUUACAUCCUGGAAAACGUCCCUUCCAAGAGAGUUGCAGCAUCGAGAAUCCGCAGUUUCUGUGGAAGAUGGCCUCUGGACUACCCUGACCCAUCUAAAUUAUUUCACUGUGCAGGUCUUAAUACGCCGGAACGGUUUAAAUGAUCCUGACAGAAUGAAGGCCGGAUCAAUUGUGUUUGAUGCAGCUGUGCAAAUUGUGCGAAUAUUGGAGGACCUUGUAUCAUCGCAACUACUUCCUUUUGCAUUGAUGCGCAGUGCACCGGCUGCUUUCGCCGCUCUCUCUGUUCAGAUCGCAAACAUGCGCGGAUGCCCAUCCCAUGUGGUCGACGUUUCGAAGCAUAGAGCUCGACUCUGUAUGAUGAUCAUAAACAAGCUGCAAGACCACUCCCCUCCACUCCUGUGGUACUAUCGUCUGUUUGUACGGAUAUUACGUAGCAUGGGUUGCGAAAUACCCGAUGAAGGCAAUCGAGAUGUUUCACCUCAUUUCGGCCCUUCCGAUCAGCGUCUACAUGGACUUCACUCACCUACAACUGACUUUCUCUACAACAACCCAUUUGAGAAUACUUCACAGGAGGUUGGUCCGAACUAUACCUCCAAUGACCUAUCCACCAGCAAUCCAGCUCUCUGCGACUUUGGCCUGUCUGGGAUGACAGCAUCCUUUGUAUUCUCCAGCUUCUUUAAUAGCGACUUGAUUGAUGGGACAUCAACGGAUCUUGGGAAUCACAACUUCGACCCAUCGUCUCUAUGA